AUGAUGACGUUUUCAAAAAUAAAAUAUAGUUUGAAUCUAUGGAAAACACUAAGCAAAAUAAGUAGAAAUUUCAGCGAGAAAACAUUGAUUAUAAGAAAAAAACCUAGGAAAAAAAAUGCUAAAAAAUCAUCAUCAACAACACAAUCACCUGAUGAAAGUAAAACUGCCAAGAUGAAAAAAUCAAAAAAAUCAGUUAAAUUAGUAACAAGAUGUCCUUCUGAUUAUUCUGAAGAAUUAUGGUUAAGCGAUGUGAAUCUUGAUAAUUUAAAAUUAUAUAGGAAAACAUCAUUCGGUAGUUUUAGAAAAAUAAAUGUUAAUAAUUUACUUGAAAAAUUAAAUUUAAACUCGUCUUCAGUAUUAUUGGAACAGGAGAAAAAUGUUGUUGUCGUCGAUGGAAAUGUCAGUUUAAACGAAUCAUCAAUACCGAUAAUAAAUAGGAAUAAAAUGGUGGAUGAAAACAUGAACGAAUUGGCGACUCCACACAUGUCUGAUUAUUUAAUAACAAACAUGUUGAGUUUUCCACUGUCUAAACCCAAAUUUCCAAAUGCAUUAGCAUCAGUUUUCAAAGAAGAAAAAGAUGAUUUCGGUGUUGUGGAUUCGAAAAAAUUUCCAUCUGUCACAGCCAUUUUACAUGAUACAAUGUCUGAGGCAUCUGCUGAAAGAUUGGAAAUGUGGAAAAAACAAAAAUUAUUAGAAUUGGGAGAAGAUGGUUUUAAUAAAUUUACAAAAGAUUCGCUUAACCAGGGACAAAAAUUUCAUUCAUGUUUAAAAUCGUAUUUGGAAUCCGAUGACAAAGAAAAUUAUUCGAUAUGCGAUAAAGAUGUUGAAAAAUGUUGGAUGAGUUUAAACCACGUUUUACCGGAUAUAGAUAAUGUUAAAUUAAUUGAAAAACCCGUUUAUCAUCCCGUAUUGAUGUACAGAGGAGUUUUGGAUUGCGUUGCCAGUUACAGAAACGUACCUUGCGUAAUAGAAUGGAAAAAAUCGGAAAAAUUAAAAACGGAUGUUUCGUCGACGUACGAUGCGCCAUUGCAAUUAUGCGCUUAUUUGGGAGCAUUAUCCUGGCUCAAACUGGAGAAAAAUUUACCACCGCUGACGAACGGUUUGGUCGUCGUAGCUUAUAACACUGGAGUUCCAGCCAACGUUUUUCAAAUGGACUACGAAUGUUGUCAAUAUUACUGGAACAAAUGGUUGAAACGUCUUCAAAAAUAUUGGUUGAAAAAAUCGACGGUUUUGUUGACGAGGGAUGAUGAAACGUCAUCCGCUCACCAAGUUUGA